AGCCGGGAAUGCGUGUUUGAUACGGACGGUGGAUAAGAAGUGUGAUAAUGUAAUUUUCUGGUUCUAUUUAUAGUUUUUUAUUGAAGUAUCAGACCCAGUCGAAAGGUUUUUAAUUUUUAUUUUAAUAAAUUUUACCAGAAAAAAUUAGAUACAGUAAAAAGAAAAUUCACACACAUGCCAAAAACGUUAUCCACAUCACCGGACUGACGAGUGAUUAUUUCAAUUACCGCUUUCCAUCUCAACCACUAACGAGCGGCCCAUGGAUGAGCUGAGUAUCUCGGGAAGCUUUCAUUUAAGGGUGGACUGUCUUACCACCCGGAACCAACUCGCGCUCGGCAUAGUUUUUCGAUGCUGCUACCGGGAAAACUAACUCCCUUAAUAAAUCAUCAAAUGUAACAAAAAAACUAACGGCCAAAUAUGUGCUUGAAAGCGAAAUCAGCCAUAACCUCAUUCACAAACCUGAGGUGGAGGAUAGUCACAAUCAAAAAUCGAUUAAGAACUCGGUGCUGAUUUAGCGGGGGUCGUUUUUUUGGGCCACCCGUUUUGGUUAGCGGUGCUUCUUCAUUUUUUCUUAGUAUUGGUGGGAUGGCUUUUGUUUUGAUGUGACAUUUUUGCGUUAACUGCAAAGAAAGGUUAGAAAUAUUGCUCUACCUCAUUGAAUGUGUCUCUAGCAAAAGUAUCUCCCUCACUGUACUACUAUUAUUGCACCUCGGGCUUAACUUCAGCUGACUUCUUACCAGCGUUUGUUUGGCUUUUCGUCGUCGGUCGGCCAGUUUCCUUCCUCCAUGCGCUAUUUUGCUCAAUAUAUCAUGUUGGCCUUUUUCAGUUCGUUUUUUUUUUUGCGCUACCUUUUCUGCAACAGUCAUAAAUUAAACGCUUGAGGAAGCACUUCCAACCACUUCCAACUACUGUUGUUGGUUGGCUGUGCGAACGAAGCACAUUUUUUGUUGUUGUUUCCCCUGCGUCUGUUUUCGAGUCGGCAUUACGUCUCAGUGUGUGACUCGCUUACGAAAGAAGGGGGGAAAUGGUGGCGUACCUGUAGGCAGACGCUCCGGGUGCGCUUCUGGCGCACACGUAGCCAAACCCGUUCGAGUGUGGUACCGAUGGCACCCCCGGUUGCACGGCCACUAGUGAAAGAGUACAGUGAGGGCCUUCUUAUAUUCAUCAUUAAUUAACGGCAACGUGCACGUGAGCUUACUUUUCCUCGAUCGCGUCUCUCAUCGCUCAUGCGUUCGAUCCGCGUGUGCGUUGGCGUUUCCGUGCGGAGGGUUUUUCGAAGAAGAAGAAGACGGGAGGAGGAGGAGAAACAAAAACCACUAGCCCCAAUAAUGCCACCGAAUGCAAUGUGGAAGGAAUCGAAUUGAAAAUUUUGCCACCACACAAAACACACGCGCACUUGGCGGCUGUUGAGGGCGUGUAGGAAAGCAAAAGGGUCGGAAAUUCGCUGCACUGCCGAUUGUUGUCGAGGAAAGGAAUUGCAACGCGUAAAGGCCAGCGAGGGUUUGCAGGAAAUGGAGUGCAUUGAUUAGCGAACCCGGUUACUUAAUACUCGGUGCUGAAGUGCUUUUGCUUCCUGCCCGAGGGAAAUAGUUCUGAUGUGCUCCAGCUGCAAUUUAAACAUGGUUCCUCACUUUUUAAACGGCCUUGAAGUGAUGAUUGUCUUAAGUUUACUGAAGUAAUGGACAUAUUGAGGGAUGAUGAGAGCUCUGACAUAUUGCAGAAGUCCGAGAAGACCGAUUCACGACAUGUUUUUACCGGCAAUAAUUUGUAAUCAAAGUAACCACAGGUACGUUGUUUGGAGUUUGACAUUUUCAUUGAGCUGUCAGAAAUUAAUGCGUCGAAAAAAGUACAACCGCCGAACGCUCUACCAGGUAGCUCUGUGUCGGUCCUCUUUUGCAUACAAUGCAACGCUCCAAGCUCGUCCAAUCGUCUAAGAAUCCGAAAGAGAAAUCAACCACCAAUCUAACCAAAACCAGCUCAACCACGCCAUCUCAAUGUCCACUACCCGGCUGUGAUCAGUCCCUGCUGGCUUCGAACUUUCUGCAGCACUAUCUGCGCGAUCACUCGAACCUUAGCUUCAUCUCGAUCGAAGAUCGUGAAACGAUGCUGUUCCAUUUCGAGGAGAAUGCCUUCCCAUUAAACACACCCUACUGUCUUGGAGUGUUGGCGUACGGUGGACGGCAGCCUGGACGAGCAGAUCUGCACCCCGUAAAGCAAGGAUAUGCGGUUGAAAAUCAGUUUCUACCACAACGAUUUAGCUCGUUGAAAAACUACUUACCCGUGCUGGUUAUGUGUUGUCGAACGACUCGUAUCAGAGGUGUCGAAGGUGGUCGGCAGGGAGAUCACGAUGAGGAGAAAAGUUCGUCCAUAGUUUUCUGGCUAAUAACGAUGGGUACAGGUGUGCCGGUGCUGGGCUAUUUGUCUAUCAGUGAUUUACUGUUGCGGCACCAACGUCGAAAGAUGGUCAAGUUGUGUGAGCUGACGAACUCCGGGGCAGAAUUUCCGGGGAUCGUGUGUCCUCAGAAGGAGUGGAAUCUGUUACAGUUGAACCGAAGCGAAAUCGAUCUUCUGUCCCGCGAUGGUACUUCGUUGAUCAAGUUGGAAGUGAUGAUUGAUGGACCAUGUUGAGUAAUAAAGAGGGAUUGUUAUUAUAAUUGUUGUGAUGUAGACUAAGUCGACUUUGUAGAAAAAUGCUACAGUUGAGUUUGAUUAAUUCCUCCCCCU